CGAAAAGCAAGGAUCCAUGUCUCGAGGUUUUUGUUCAAACUAUGGAUUAACGUGUUCCUUUUUUUUGUUUUAUCUAUUCUGCCUUCUUGAUUUAUGUAAACACUGAUGUUAAAGUUUGCUCUUUAUUCAGAUAGGCGUUUUACAAGUCCCGAUGGGACGGCCAUGGCUAUAUGCUUAUAUUCCAAGCUUCCACUAAGUCAGAUUUUAACCAUCCUAGAUCUGUUGAUAAAUAUAGUAUUUGAUCCUCUUGAAAUUGUGGGUCCGCAUAAAUAUAUAAAUGGCUACAAAGGGUAUUAGGGGUGCCAAGACUUUUUUUAAAAAAACGAUAGUAGACGUCCCUGGAGUAGAUUCAAGGGACGCCUGUGU